AUGGAGCUCUACUCAACAAGCUCGGACAUCCCAAGGACAGAGCUCCUUGAUAGCAAUGGACGCACAGUCUAUCGCAUGCGUACGGAGACGUCCUUCAGGAAGAGCAAAACGACCAUUGCGCGUUUUGAACCUCAAGGUCAAGACGGGCCGCAACCCGUAGUCAUCGCCGAAAUCACCUGGCGGAAUUUACACGACGAUGAGAUCACCUACCGCGGACAGACACACAAAUCCAAGAGCCUGAUCCACAGGCCUGACGAGUGGACACCUAAACACGACUUCACCGGAGCAUCUGGCCGUGCCUAUUACUGGAAAGAGGGCGUUUUCUACACUUCGGACGGCGUUGAAGCUGGCCGCUGGCACAACAAAUCGUACGGCUUCUUUAGCCAAGCGCACGCUGCUUACUUGCGAAUUGACGAUCCAGAGAUCUUAAAUGACCUAGAUGACAUUAUCCUCGUUAUGGUCUAUCACUUCUGGAAGUGGUUGGCAACCAUCAAUGCCGGUCUAGCUGUCGCCGCGGCUUGA